UGGAGCGUUUCAUUACUGAUUUUGUUUUUGGAGUGGCUUAGGCUAGGCUUGAUUAAUUCAAGUGGUGUCAAGGCGUAUCUGUCUUUAUCAUUUUAUACUGCUCCAGAAAAACGAACAUAUAUGGCUUCUGGUAAACCGCGUUAUGAUGCGUUUGUUGACAAUGGCGAUGAAGAAUCUGGUGGGAUGUCAGCAAAUGUGUCAGUAAAAGAUAAACAAUCUCUGAUUAUUGAUGGGAAUCCCAAGUUUCAUGAAGCUGUUCCACUGAAGGAUACCCAUGCAUAUCAACAUGAGACCAUCUGUGGCUUUGAUGGCCUCAAGGUCAUCAUCCUCUCUUCUAUUAUUUUUGGAUUUGCUAUCACCAUUGCCAUGGUGAUUACUAUUGUGAUGGGUGAAGAACAGGUUGUGCCCCAUGGAGCUGUUUCAUCUGACGCUCAAGAAUGCUCCAAUAUUGGAGCCGAUAUUUUGAAGAGCAAGGGGUCUGCAGUCGAUGCUGCAAUCGCCACCAUGUUCUGCAUUGGUGUGGUGCACAGUCAUAGCGCUGGGCUUGGAGGUGGUGGAUUCAUGAUGGUGUAUGAUAGCUUCAGCGAAAGUCGUACCGUGUUUGACUUCCAAGCCGCGGCCCCUUUGAAUGCAACUGAAAAUAUGUUUCAAAGUAACCCGGAAUUGGCACGAUAUGGUGCAAAAGCCAUUGCUAUACCUGGUGAGCUUCUCGGAAUGCAAGCAGCAUACGAUACUUAUGGAAGGUUGAAAUGGAAUGACCUCGUUGCCCCUGCAUCUAAACUUGCUCGGCAAGGAUUCAAAGUUUCCACAUCUCUCGCCAAUGCAAUCAGUGCGACUGAUGCAGAGCAGAUGUCGGAAGCAUGGAGAAAUCUUUACAUGCCGAAUGGAACUCCACUGCAGGUUGGAGACACCCUAGUAAUGACCAAUCUUGCAAACACACUGGACACGAUUGGACACAAUGGUGCCAGGGCUUACUUCAUGGAACAGCUCCAGAAAGAUAUGCUUAAUGUGGUUGAUGGAAGUGAUGGCUUGAUAGAUAAUAAAGACUUCGACAAGUAUGACAUCUUCACAACGACACCUAUUUCAGUGGAUUAUGCCAAUUUCUCGAUUUUUAGUCCACCAGCUCCAAGUGGAGGUCCUGGACUGCUCUCCAUCUUAAAGAUCCUCAGUGGCUACAAUUUGUCUACUGAUGCAACUCUCCGUUACCACUAUACAAUUGAGGCUAUUAAAUUCGCCAAGGCUCAGAUGUUGCACUUAGGAGAUCCAAAUUUUGUGACCACUGUUGAAAACUAUACGGACGCCAUGAUCAGUGAAACCACGGCAGAGAAUAUACGUUCGAUGAUAAAUUCAACGUCUACUCAUCCUAUUAGUUAUUAUACUGACUUUGCCAAUACACUGAUAUCGGGUGGAACUUCACACAUCUCGAUCUUGGAUGAGAGUAACAAUGAUCUUGUGUCCAUCACGCACUCAUUAAAUUCUGAUUUUGGCUCAGGAGUAAUGACAGAAGGUGGUAUUAUACUAAAUAACAUAAUGGAUCAGUUCUACUGGGCAGGAAAGGAUGAAACAACUGCAAUGGAAUCCACUACAAACAAUAUAGCAGGUGGAAAGCGUCCUCAAAGUUUCCAGUCGCCUUCGUUAGUGUGGGACUUGAGUGAUAAAUGUGAACCCCACAUGGCGAUAGGUGGAAAGUCUGGUAGCAAUACGAUAGAUGCUAUUGCACAAGUUUUAGUUUCUUUCCUCACAUUGGGUGAAGCUAUAGAUACAGCAACCAAUCAGAUGGAUCAUGUUUACCAUUCCCUGGAACCAAAUAUAGUAGUUGCAGAAAGUGGUGUAUCUUCUGAUGUUAUCAGUGGGUUGGAAGCGUUAGGUCACGAAGUUUCACAAAGCACAUCCAACAAUCUAAGCAUGGUCAACUCCGUGUACGAGCACUAUGACGAGAUCUACGCUUCAGCCGAUUCACGUGAACCAGAUGCAGGAUUCGUUGAAUUUUAAUAACUAAUAUAUUUUAAAUUGAACAGUUAGUUAUAAAUGGAUGUAUGGUGUAUAGUAAUAAUUUAUAAAUGGUAAUAUUUCUCUUUUUUUACCACACACCCUUUUAGGACAAACACUAUCAGAUUCUUUAAUCUACCAGACUCAACAAUGUUCGAUGAGACUUUGUUGUAUAAACAUAAUGCAUUGUUCACUCAUGGUAUGUUUGAUCAGACUUGACUUUACUAAGAAUGCACUGACAUACGAGAUUAUUAGCAAUACAUUUGGUUUCCUACAGGGAUAUAUUGUAUGUGUAAUUCAUUAUAAGCAAUCAUUUGUGUAUUUUGUGGUGGUAGUUUAAUAUCUAUUUAUAUAAUAUUGUAUUUUAAUUGGUAAAAAAUUUACUCAGAUUUGGUGCAGGGCAUUAAAAAUUGUUUAUGUAUGAGGUUGUUCUUAUUUCACUAUAUCAGAGUCUUAAUUAACACUGCUCAUCGGAUAAUAAUUGUGUUUAGACCUUUCUACUUUUGAAGAAAUUGUGCCGAUAUAUUAAUUAAUUGUGAUGCAGAUACUUUUUUAUGGUCUGGUUACUUUAGAGGCUGCAUUCAGGGCAUAUUGAGCAAUUGUAAUUUUUUCGUUAAUUUAAUUCAUAAACGAAAAUGGUCAAAAAGCACACAGUUGUCAAAGUCAGUUUUUAGAACUAAAAUUUGUACAGUCCUUUGUUGCUUUUACUUGCUUGAAAGUUAAUUGUAAUGUUAUUCCACAAUACAAUGGACCCCAUUAUUUACUUGUGCAAUGUAUUUUCUAUGUGGCAAUGUUUAUGUCUACUGGUCAUAUUUGCUAAGAGUUUUCCAUAUCCCAAUUUUGAUAAAAACAUAAUCGGGGUAGAUGUUAACUAGAAAUAAGAAAAUAUUUAUAAUUCGAUUUCUGAUUGCCUCUUUCAAAUAUUAUUUAUUAUGAUUGUGCAUUUAUAAUUAACAUUAAUAUUCACUCUAAUUUAUUCACUUAUCAGGGACAAGAGUGAUCAUGAAAAUUACAGGGUUGGUAAUUUAAGAUUUUGAUAGCUGAGGUUCUUUAUUUCUUCUAUAUCAAAAAGCAUACAGUUUUCUUCAGUUCUGUUGACACUAUCAAACUUUAUGUGACAAAUAAAUGUGAUAUGCCCAUAUUUGGGUGUAAUAUGCCCAUAUUUGGGUGUGAUUUGCCCAUAUUUGGGUGUGAUAUGCCCAUAUUUGGGUGUAAUAUGACAUCAUGUUCAUAUAUGGGCACAUCACACAAAUUUGUCAUAAAGUUUGAUAGUGUGGACAUAGCACUAGUUUAUUAAAAACCUUAAGCCUUUUUCACACUGUCAAGUUCUGUGACAAAAAUACCUCAUAUGUGACAAAUACCUCCUAUGUGGACAGGACACAGAUAUUUGUCACAUAAAUAGUGUGAAUGGAGCUUUAGGUAAUGAACAAACUAGGUCUGCAUAGAUCAUUAUGGUGUAACCAACGAUAUUUACAUAACAGUUCAGGAUGAAAGGCACCAAUUAGCCAACAAGAGAUACAGCUUCCUUACUAGUAUUCCUUAUUAGUAGUACUAAUACUGUAUGUCCCUUUUCAUUAUGCAGGUCUUCCUCUAAUUAAAGACCCCUCAAAUGGAAGAUCACCUCCAAUUAAAGACCAUAUUUCUGCAGCCCUAAAUGAAGCCCUGUCUUAUAUCUUUUUGAUAAUAUUUUUUCUAAGACCAAAGCUGGUAAAGACCAUGGAAAUUUCAGUCCCAAAUGUGGUUUUUCAUUGGAGUGAGACCUGCAUUUAUUAUAUUUCGAAGCAUGGUACAGACAAAGUAAGAUGACACAAGUCAAUAGAACCAGCACAACAGCUAUAAGAAUUAUUUCUUAGUUUGGUUUUAUCAACUGUAUACUUUAGAGUAGUUUAUUCAUCCCAUAUCAAAAUUAUUUUUAUGCAGGUGAUCAUGUUAAAGCCAAACAUUUUGAUAAUUGUGAUUAUUACAGAAUUUUUUCAAGAGCUCCACAGAACUUUCACUUAUGCUAUAGCCAAAUUUUUACGGGUUUUUUCACAAAAUUUAUAUUAUUAAAAUUUACAGAACAAUAGAAACAAGUUAUCGUAUAAUUGGACAAAAAAGUGGCAUAUAAACUACCAUUUUAUAUGAAGGUAACUCUGUUGUUGAUUUGCCUUUGUUUAUGAGUCUGUAUAUUUGCUUCCUAUUUAUGGUAUAUUCCUUGUCAUUCAGUUUCAAGUGCAAUAAAAUAGUGGCAUAUUAUUAAUUGUGAUUUUUAUCGAUGAACUAGAAUCAAUGUAGUAAAGUAUAGAUUAUUUCUUAUGGCUUUGUUCUUGGUUAACCAAGACAUCUUUGCGACUCCUGAUACUGUGUAAUUACUGUGGUUUUGAAUAAAAUCGUGAUUUCAAUUGAA